AUGUCCGCAUCCACCAGCCCUCCCCCGAAAGGAGUUCCAAGGGAUUAUCAUUCAGUUCCUAUUUCCACUGGCACCCGUCCUUAUAGAUCUCACAAGAUUCGUGCGUGUGAUUUAUGCCGCAAAAGGAAAUCUCGAUGUACAGUCGAUCUGCCGGGAGAAUCAUGUCUUCUUUGUCGCGUUCAAGGCGCUGAUUGCCACUACCGUGAGGGUCCCAUAAAGCCCAUUACAACUCGGUUUUAUGAUCGAAAUUACGAGCAGAGUGCUGGAGGGAGUGCAGUCCCGCUCGGUGGAUCGCAAUCCCCGCAAAAACGACAACCGACCCAUCAAUCGCCGAGCUUCUCAGGGGUGCAAACAUUGGCAGAUGAGACACCCAGCCCAAACUCAAAGUCCGGUCCGCAAGGUGACAGAAAAGCUGGACAUAGCUCUCCACGCGCAUUUGAAGAGCCAUUUGGUGAAUCGGUCCAUAUCGUUGGGCCAGUUGCUGCUGAGGAUGCUCAGGUUAUUGAGCGAUUCAUGCCAUCGGAAAACUCCAAAAAACGACCAGAUGCUAAGACUCCAUACAACGUUUAUUCCAAUGACCCUAAGAAACCAAUCCUUUAUACUACGGUGUCAAGGCGCAGACAAGGUCUACGAACAACUGGGAUUCCUGGUGAGAGCCAGAAAGAAAUUCUCGAACAGAUUCUUGGCCCGUUUAAGCACGAUUUAGUAAAAAUAAUAAAUUCUUCAUUCCUCAUCUUUGAUGAGGCUUCCUUCCUGGAAUCCUAUAAAUCGGACAAUGGAAGCCUACCACCCGCUGUGAUGUGCCAGGUAUAUGCCCAGUCCCUUAUAUACUGGGGUCAGUCUCAAACUCUAGCACCACAUCCCAAACCAGAUAUUCGAUACGCUGUCAAUCUUGCAGUUGCUGCAUUGCAUGAGGAGUUUUCUGCGCCAGGGUUAUCAACAUUGAGUGCUUCUUUGAUAGACCUAACAGGCAGGCCGAUUUUCUCCAUGACCGGUAAUGCAAUUAACAGCGGUCGGACAGUGGCCCUUUCUCACAUCCUUGGCCUCAAUCGUGACCCGAGUAGUUGGAAACUCUCACGUGCUGAAAAACAUCAGCGCAUUCGCUUGUGGUGGGGUGUUCUCAUUCAUGAUCGGUGGGCGAGCCACGGGCAUGGCGUUCCUCCACAAAUUAAUAAAAACCAAUAUGACGUACCACUUCCUACGGUCCAAGUCCUAGUACAUCAAGGGAACCUUAACCCUCAAAGGAUAAAGGCAGCGGAAUGUUAUAUUGCGUUGUGCCAGCUCACCGAGACGUUAGGUGAUCUACUCCCACUGAUAUACGGAUUGCAGCCAAAAUCCCAAAAUGAAACCUCUAAAACACUUCGAAAAUUACGGACAAAUUUGGAUACGUGGGAAGAUUCACUCCCUGAAUGGCUGAAGUGCUCCCCUGCAGAUUCUCUGACCCCUGUUUCGGGAUCCAGCAGCUUAUAUCUCGCUUGGCUGACUUUGAAAAUGCUCAUUUGCCGGGUUGAAUUACAGGUGACGUCCUCCUUCAACUCCUCGAAUGUUGGAUCCCCGACCAAUCCUGAAGGGCGGCAGUAUUUCCAGACUGAAUGCAGGAGAGCAGCAGAAGAUGUAGUGGGAUUCAUGAUUUCAUUGAAACGACUUAAUUUCGACGAAUUCUGGCUUCCUUAUAGCGCUUAUCAUCUCACAUCAACCGCGACACUUUUGGUCCGAUGUGCCCUCGAAACGUCCGACUCAGCCAUCGCUCGAUCUUGUCUAUCUAAGGUAGACGUACUUCGUGAUGCACUCUACCGAGCCCGAGUGGAGUACGACUGGGAUCUUGCCGAUAUGUGUCUUGAUCAUUGUGAACGGAUCUUGACCAAGCAACGGGGAAUUACUUCAGAUGAUGCACCAGGUGUCGACCAAACCAAUCAAACCCCGGAUCCUGCUUGUUCGCUUCUCCCAGAUACACUAACGCAGAAUGACAUUGUCAACGAUAUGAUGUCAAUCUCCGGCACGUUUGGUACAAUGGAUGGGUUCCCGUUUGAUAUGACUGGAAUUUGGGAUGUGUCCGGGUGGCAAGAUGACUUUGGGUGA